AUGACGACCACCACGACCGACCCAGUCCAGACAAGCUCCCUCUGUCCCGUCUCAGGCGGCUCAUUAUACUAUGAAACCAUCGGACGAGGCCCAACCCUCGUCAUGAUGCCCGCGGGGCACGGCACCGGCGUAGUAUUCGAGCCUCUAGCCGCCUGCCUCGCACGACACUUCCGCGUCGUGCUCUAUGACCGUCGCUACUUCUUCCGCAGCUGCAAGUGCGAUCCAGCAGACAAGUCUCCAAGCCAGACGAUCAUCCAAACACACGCCGAGGACGUGGCAGCGCUGAUCGCGCACGUCUCGCCGGGCCGUCCGGUCUACUUAUUCACGACGUCCAGUGGCGCGCCGAUCGCGGCGGAACUGCUGUAUUCGCGACCGCAUCUGCUUCGGAAACUGGUAUUGCACGAGGCGUCCUUUUUCGCGCUCCUCCCACCCCGCGUGCAUGAGCAGUACCGCAAAGACAAAUCGGACUUGUGGUCCCGGUCCCACCAGCUGGGAGAGGCGCGGUUUAACCUGUUGAUCGCACAAUGGGUGCAUCGGAGCGAGGAGCUGGAGCGGUUGAAAGAGACGAAGACGUAUCGCCGAUUGGCUUCGUUAUCGCGAGUUGCGCAGCUCAACUGGUUGACGAACGAGUUGCCCGAAGUGUUAGAGUAUGAGUUUGAGAUGGACAGGAUGCGACCGUUCCGUGAUCGUCUGGUGCUGAUGCGAGGGUCGUAUAAUUCGCCGAAUGCUGCGGUCGGGCCAGUGACGAGUUUGGCGGAUGCGUUGGGGGUUCCUCUGGAGGUUGGGCCGGGCGGACAUGAGGGAUAUGUGACGGACUAUGAGGAAUUUGCCGGGUUUUUGAUCGCAGAGUUGAGGGAGGAGACGGCGAGGUUGUGA